AUGCAGCGGAUUUAUUGGUUGACCCGUGUGCGACAGCAGUGCCCAGUGAUUUCUGCGCGAGGACUUAUUCCGUCGCGAAUUGGACGUGUCAAGAUUAGAAACCUCGAUGUUCGAUUCCAUUCUACGCACUCGCGACAAAUGCCACAGGCAGACAAUAAUUCUUCCUCCCCACCAGGCGGAAGUGGUACUUGGAGCAAAGUGGAUCCUUCGCUAGUCGUUGACAUUGCGCUAAAGACCCUGAUAGGGCUGGGCGUCAUUUUUAUCGGGGGAAAUUUAUAUGUGUUUUGGUACAAACAUAGCGUCCUUUCAAAGAUUGAAGCAGCAUUCAACAAAACAUGGGAUGAUGCAGCCCUAGUGCAAUUAAUCAAGCAGGAGCUAUCGCGGUUUGACCUUCUGACACCUGACCUGGAACAUGCUAGCUUGCAGAGCUUGGCGGCAAAGCUCUCCGAAGUACAUCCGCGGCGACAGGAACAAGACUUCGUCGAUUCCAUUGUGAAGGGAGAGAUGGCAGGUUCCUAUUUUCUCCUUGUCGGACCGAAGGGGGCGGGAAAGUCUGGAAUGGUAUUCGAUGCAAUGCUGAAUAUACGUAACAAAGGGGCAGUAUUUCUUGAGGCCCAUCCCGACCUUGAGGUGUUUCGUUUGCGCCUAGGAAAUGCUUUAAACUAUGAAUUUAGCGAGGAUAUGCAGGCGGGACUGUUCCAGAGACCGGACCCUCGAUCCGGCGGUCCCGCGAUGGAUAUUGAACGCGCACUAGAUAAGCUAUAUGAAGUUGCUAUGCGAAAUGGACGUCGUCGUCCGCUCGUUCUCGUCAUCACCAAAAUUCAGAAUUUUCAAAACGAUGACCAAGGCCGAAAUCUUCUUUUACAGAUCCAACAGUACGCUGAACGUUGGGCCAUAAGAGGCAUUGUCACUGUUGUAUUCACCACGGAUGAUGUAUGGCCGUAUACUUUAUUGCGCAAAGCAGCAACUUUGAUGGAAGUGCGCUCUGUCCAAGAUCUGGACUGGGAAAUGUCAAAGCGUACUCUAUUGUGCAGACGGCCAGACGCUGAAAAUGUAAACAGUGUCGUGCACGUUGUGGGAGGACGUCAAUCCUACCUCAAUAAGGUGUCCAGGGCCGAAGAGAUGCUGCAAGCUGCGGAGGACCUCCUGCGCUCGGAGAAGGCGUGGCUUGAGAACUGCCUCGGGCUGAUACCAGAUUGCGACAAUGAUGGAGAAGUUGUCGUUCAGCAAAAAUGGAGCCUGCACUGCUGGACUUUACUCCGAGAGUUCGUACGUCUAUACAGAGUCAACCAGAGGGAAUCGGGGGACUCUUGGGAUCCUCUAAAACUCCCCGUUAUCCCAGCGUGGCGAUGUCAGCAAAUCAUGACACGGCCCGAUUAUUUGGACGAGCUUGAUAGAUUGGACGUGGUUUAUAUCGACAUGAAUUCAAACGUGCAGCCCGACUCAAUGCUAGUCCUCCGCGCCGCUUUAGACAUCGUUGAGAAGGAGGGCUUCGAUGAGCUCCUAGAAGAUGUCCGCUGCAGAAUAAAGGAGAUAGAGAAUCUACGGCGAUGAAGGGUUCCUUGGAACAGGGCAUACACAUAUUGACUGGAUUCGAUCUGUCAUAAAACAGGAAAAGGAAAGACCAGCUAGUAGUGGUUUUUUAUCUUUAUGGUGAUUUCUGUACACCCUGCAUCUUCAAGAAAAUUUCAGGGCGAAUAUGGCAUCACUAAUUAUUAUAGCCCUACUCAAUAACGAUUUUAUUUGGCCAUUUUAUUUCAUGACAGUUCGUGCAAAAGCUUCCGAAUUAAAAUGCAAAUAAAAUGAACAAGCAACACGUUCGACACGCACAUAGCGGCACUUGAAAUCAGCUAAGUGAGGCGCAGGGGUUCCGAUUGUGCUCAUCGGCGCAGGCGUCGUUGAAACACGUUCACGCCACCAUGACAGAUAGUUCCCCGCACGCUAUAACGUCUCUCGAAGCACUUGCCAUCAUCUUGUCAUCAUGCUUACGAAAUAAAAUCGUUAUCG